AUGAGCAUCAACGUCUCUGCGAUAGAGCUCCCUAGCUCUGUUCAGCAUCUUCCCCUUGAGGUGCCCGAAUUUAUCAGCAGGACCAAUAUAUAUCUUCUUGCUAUAGUUGCCCUGACCAGCAUCUAUUUCUUGCAAAACUUCAUAUCCACUUGGGGGGAAUUCAAGGCCCCCUUUGUGGGCUUCCGCUCCGCAUGGGAACCUAGAUGGUUGGUCGGCCUCCGCUUCUCAACAGGAGCUCUCAGCCAAGUGAACGAGGGUUACGAAAAGUUUAAACAUGGCAUGUUCAAAAUUGCAAGAAAUGAUGCUGAUAUUUUGGUCAUCCCCAACAAAUACGUCGAGGAAUUACGUGCCCUCCCAGACGCAAAGAUCAGUGCCAUCCGAGCUCAUAUCAAGACCAAGCUUACUCCAAACCUGGGAUCUUUCGUCAGCGUAAUCGAAUCGGAGCUACAACUGGCAAUGGAUCUUGAAGUUCCCAAGGAUCUUGAUGAGUUCAAGGUGGUCUCCGUUUACGACAUUGUGCUUCGAAUUGUCGCCAGAAUAUCCGCCAGAGUCUUCAUUGGUGAACCAGCUUGCCGAAAUGAGGAGUGGCUCAGCACCUCUAUUCAUUAUACUGAGAACGUUUUCGCUACCGUCAUGAUCCUCCGAAGGCUACCAAAAUUCACCCAUACUUUUGUUGCUCCGUUUCUACCUAGCUAUUGGAGACUCCACGCAAAUUUGAGGACCGCAAAGAACUUUAUUGGACCUAUCGUGUUGCAGAGACGCAAAGAGCAAGCCAGCCGCCAGGGUGAUCCCAGCUAUGAAAGACCAAAUGACAUGCUCCAGUGGAUGAUGGACGGAGCUAACGAGAAUGACGGCCAGCCCCAUAAGCUUGCUCACCGUCAGCUUUUGCUUAGUUUGGCUUCCAUUCAUACUACUACAAUGUCCACUGCUCACUCACUUUAUGAUCUUUGUGCCCAUCCGGAAUACUUCGACGAGCUCCGACAAGAAGCCUAUGAUGUGAUGAAAGAGGAUGGCGGUUGGAAAAAGACGACACUCAACAAGAUGCGCAAACUGGACAGUUUCCUCAAGGAAAGUCAGCGAGUCAAUCCACCUAGUCUUCUUGCUUUUAACCGUAUCGUUCAAACUCCGCUCACUCUCUCUGAUGGUACUCAUCUUCCCAAGGGCACCCAUUUCAGUGUCCCUGCAGCAGCUAUCCUAAAGGACAACGAUAACCUUCCUGGGGCGGAUACUUUCGACGGACUUCGAUACUAUAAAAUCCGCCAACACCCAGACGAAGCGAACAAACAUCAAUUUGCCAUGACAGACACGAACAACCUACAUUUCGGCCACGGAAAGUACUCAUGCCCCGGGCGCUUCUUCGCUUCGAACGAGAUUAAGAUUAUUCUCGCUCACCUGCUCAUGGAUUACGAGUUCAAGUACCUUCCUGGAUGCUCUCGUCCGAAGAACCUGACUGCGGAUGAGAACUUGUACCCGGAUCCAUCAGCUCGUCUCUUGAUGAGGAAGAGAAUCGAUGCUACAACUACAGCUUGA